AUGCAGGGUCUCGUGUACGCAGCGGUGCUCUGUGCGUUUGCGGCGGUACAGGUAGGGGCUGCCGCUGACGUGUCCCUUGAGGUACCGAGCAGAAGGGCUGUAGUUUCCCCCGCCGCCGACGACGGAUCGACUGCGUCAAAAUGCACCGGAGAUCGCAUCGUCUGUGGAACCUGUACGAGCGUAAUGAUGUGCAGCUACGGAAACGAAAACGUCGGAGGGUAUGAGUGCUCGUCGGUCGAUACCUCUCGUCCGUACUGCACUGGCAAGGGAGUCUGUUCGGCCACGGUGAAUGCUGCGUGCGAAACGAAGAGUGAACUGUGUCCCAAGGGCAACCUAGCCUACCCAGAUCCUGCCAACUGCAGCGAGGCGGUCUUCUGUGACGCGGCCAUGAAAACGGUCAAAAUGUCAAGCCCCGCAUCGAACUAUGUGUUCAACUUCACCGCCCAGUCGUGGUCACUGAAGAAGACCGCCGCCGACUGUUUCCAGGUCAACUGUAAUGCGGCCGGCCAGCUGAACAAGUGGUACGCGUACAAGCCUGACCCCCGGCUGAGCAUAUUCUGCGGCACCUCGGGGCCAAUGACGUUCGAGUGUGGGGCGAAUGAGGUAUUCGUCGAGGCCAAGAAAGCUUGCGAGUUUGCCUGCUCCGAAAGCGGCAACUUUGCCUAUCCGGGCGAUACAGCGCGCUACUACAUGUGUCUGCCUACCGCUACCGGCGGGUUCCAACUGUUUGAGCAGUCCUGCCUUCCUGGGUUGCAGUUCGACACCACGAAGAAAAUGUGCACUGUACCUGCCACGGGCGGAGGUGGAGGUUCCUCCGGAUAG